GGUAUGACACAUGGCUAGACUUGAGGUUAAAUCCAGAUCAGCCUUCCCCAGUCUGGCAGGUAUAUUGGAUCAUGUCUCCCAUCAUCCUCAGCUGUUCAAUAGUGGAGAUCAUGUCAUUAAUUACCUGGGUAAUUUGACAUGGUCUUCCAAUCUUGCUUCCAUUUAAAGAAAGGAAAAUACAUGGGGGGAAGGGGUUAUAUGGCAAAACAAAUUAAUUACAAAGCCAUUCAUAGAAAACUAAUGGUUUUUUUCACUAUCACAGUAAGUCUGCAUUUUAAACCAUGGUUGGAUAAACAACUGAAAUGGUUGCUUAACUCAUAUUUCUAUUGCUUUUUUUUUUAAUGUGAAAUCGUUUUAUUGAUUGUUCUCACUGACUGGUGUAAAUGAAUGUUGUGGGUAAGUUCUGCCUGGCAUUUUUGUACACAAGAAGUAACUUCAAACAUAACAUUGCAGGUCUUUCACACCAGAAAGCUUACCAAGUCCUCACUUCCUGAACUUUGUGUGAGACCACAGAUGCAGACAGCAAAGGUUGGGCACCGUCAUAAUUUUUUUAAAUAGAUCAAUGAAGAAGGAAGAAUAUGUGAUAGUCAACCCCAACAAUAACAAAUUGAAUUUGAAGGGAAGGCUCUAUGAGAGAGCUAAUGGUCACAGAAUGGUACUAAGAGAAGUAUCGCUACAUAUAAAUGGGAUUCAAAGGAGUGACAGGAAAGGUGUUGCUGUGCAUGGACCGAGUUUAAAUUGAACUGUUGAAAAUUAACUGUAGAGGCUGGAAAAUGAAGAUGUUUGCCCAUUGUGCUGGGAUUCUUCUACUUGUCUUGCAUGCAACUAAUUCACAGGGUAAUCAAGUAAAAACGAUUGAGGUCCCUUUAGGAGGCACGGUAAAUAUCAGCUGUGAAAUUUCAGCUUUGCCUUUUGUCGUGACCUGGUAUAAGGAAGGACAAAACCUGUGCAAGAUUGAUCAGGAUGACAAUAACUUGAAAGGAGAGCAAAAGUCUACCUCAUACUUCAGUAAUCUGAUUAUCAACAAUGCGCAAAGGAAUGCUUCUGGUACUUAUACCUGUGUUGUAAAUCAGAACUACGGCAAACUACCCAUGCACAGGACAAGAGUAAUAAUCACAGAAACUUUGAAGCCAACUCUUUCCAUCCUUGGGCCAUCUUUCUUGCAGGAUGGACCUCUGAAGCAUGAUAUUCCUCUGCUCUGCAUCAUUUUCAAUGUUAACUCUAAUUCAAAUACUGUCACUUGGAAUAUUAGUGGAAAAAUAUAUCAUGAUAAGAAGGAUGCUGACAUGAUAGAUGGGAAAGGGGCUUUCAGUAUUUGGAGCUUGAAACUGAUUCCUCCAGAGGACUGGCAGUCAGAAAUGUCUUAUGCUUGUUCAUACCCAGGAAGCAUGACAACAGGAGGCGUCUUAAACAGGAAGAAUCACAGAUCAAAGAAGCAGAACUAAGUGGGAAAAGGUUAAAUGUGGCUUAAAGGGAUUGAGAGUUUUGUGUAAUAAAUAGAAGAUGGAAAGACUCACAAAGAAGAAAGUGAAUGACAGAAUUUAAAGGUUCAACGUGAAGAACAGAAAUGCUUAUGUUAAUAUCCUUCUAGUAUAUCCCUAUGGUUUAUAAUCCACAAGCAUAUAUUAAAGACUCAGUUGCAUUUUCCAUAAUUCCAUGAGAAGAGAAGGCACUGCCUUUACUGUAAAGUAGUUUGAAUUUUAUCUUAAGCAAUUAUCUAUAUGUUGGGUGCCUGCCAGUUUUUAUACUAUUCAAAUGUUCAACUUUUCUCCUUUAUUAUAUCCAGCAAUAGAGCGAUGUGGUGGCCUAGAGGUGGAGCUCUUAUCUCACAAUCAGGAGGCUGUGAGUUCUAUCCUAGGUAGUGGCAGAUAUUUGUCUUUUUCGGCUCAAUGAGUAAUUGUCUGCUGUGAACUCUGCAUAGGUGUCAGGAAGGGCAUCUGGCCAAUAAACACUCGAGCUCUGUUCAGUUGCCCCAACUCUACCCCAAUGCAAGGGAUUACAAGGUCAUUAAAAGAAAACAAAAUAUCCAGCAAUAAUAGUGUAGAAACUAUGGUAAUACUGUACAUAUGCACAGCAUUAUAAAAUUAGUUACAUGGCUACUGUGAAAACUUCCUCUGUGCCACUCAAAUUAGCUUGCAUAAAGAGCAUCAUUUUAUCUUAGCAAAACCCUUAAAGAUAGCUAGAUCUAGAGAUAAUAGCUUUUCUAGGCCUUUUGCUAGAAAUACAGUUCAAAAGAAGUUCUUUCUUUAUUUGUUUUAGAAAAAGAAAUGCAUGUUAGGCAGCUGACAUGGAUAUGAAAACACCAUAUGAAAAAAAAUAAAUAAAAGAAAUAAUAACCCCCCCAUCCUGGCGGCAACAUACUUUCAUAUAAACCAUUUAAUGGCUUCCAUUCCAUUCUGGAUUCCCAGGCCCGCUGGCAGAGCCAUGUGUUCAGGGCCUUCUGAAAGAGUGUUAGAGUGGGGGCCAGUCUAAUCUUUGAGAGAAUGAUGUUCCAGAGAGAGGGGGCCAGAUCAGAUCAUGCAGCUUGUCAAUUGCUAAUUUUUUCCCCUCAUGUUUCUGGAUCACUGUACAUGAAUGUUCUGUCUUCUGCUUGCAAGUCUGCCAUUUCUCUAGCUAUCCUAGUAUGGCACCUACUUUUUAAAAGUAAGUCCCUCGCCUAUAUUUGGAAAGCAUUAAUCUUAAUAGUUGUGAAUUAUGCCUGAAGAUCCAUCCUUUUGCCAAGAUAUUUCUUCUGUCAAUGUUUAUAUGUAUAUUUGUGUAUGCCCCCUGUGAUUAAAUUAUACUGCAAAUGUU